AUGCCCAUCGAGACCGAACUCAAGACACCUGUCAAGCUGACGAAGGCGGACGGUUCCUUCAACCGAGCAGCGCACGGGUGGGCGCGCCAACCGAUCGUCGACACCUCGGGCAUCGACGGCACCGUGCUGAACGGCAAGAACAGGCGCUGGGAGUACUGGUGUGUGCUCACGCCGACACAUAUUCUCGCGUUCUCGAUCGCCGACAUCGACUACUUUGCGCCGGCGAGUGUGUGGAUUUUUGAUCGGAAGAAGAAUAAGCCUUUGGUCAACUAUGCGAGCAUCGGGGCGGUCGGCAGUAUAAAGCUCUCUCCGAACGUCGAGGACGGGCCACAUCGCGCCUACCAUUCGAGUGCGGAUGGCGAGCUCGUUAUUGACAUCGAGCACGUUGAAGGCGGUACGCGGAUCCGCGCCUCGGUUCCGGGUGGUAGUUUUGACGUGUUGGCAUCUUUGCCGAAAGACCACGAACGAACCGCCGUGGUCGUGCCCUGGUCAGACGAUCUGUUCCAGUACACGCUCAAGGACAUUUCGCGCCCCGCCACAGGAUCCGUCACGGUCGGCGGCGAGACGUUCCCGGUCCCACAAGGAUCGUGGGCAAUUCUCGACCAUGGACGCGGUCGAUGGCCGUCGGACGUCCACUGGAAUUGGGGGGCGGGAUCAGGGAGGCUCGCUGAUGGCCGCGUUGUGGGGUUACAGGUCGGCGAUAAGUGGACAGACGGCACGGGGUCGACUGAGAACUCGUUCCUCGUCGGCACAAGGGUAUACAAGAUCGGCGACAAGCUCAAGUGGGAGUACGAUACGAGUAAUUGGAUGGACGUGUGGCGUAUCUCUGGCGGCGGGCUCGACGCGUCUCUCACGCCGUUCUAUGAUAAGGCGUCCUCGGUGAAUACGCCAGAGGUCAAGAGCCGCACAGACCAGUGCUUCGGUAUCUGGAAGGGCAAGUUUGACACAGGGGACGAGGUCGUCGAGUUCGAGGACAUUGUCGGCUUUGUCGAGGAUGUUGAGAAGACCUGGUAG